GAGGAGGCGCCGCGGACCCGCGGCCGUCAAAGGCGGGCGCGGCCCCGUAGCCCGCGGCGGGCGCCAGCGCGUGCCGUGCCGGCGGGAGCCCUGCGCGGGGCAUGGCGGGCUGGUGGCGGGCGCUGCCGAGCGCGGCCCGGCGCUACCCGUGGCCCACGAACGUGCUGCUCUACGGCGCGCUCUUCUCGGCGGGUGACGCGCUGCAGCAGCGACUGAGCGGCGGCCCGGCCGACUGGCGGCAGACGCGGUGCGUGGCCACCGUGGCCGUGACCUUCCACGCCAACUUCAACUACGUGUGGCAGCGCCUGCUGGAGCGCGCGCUGCCGGGCCGCACGCCGCGCGCCAUCCUGGCCAAGGUGCUGUGCGACCAGGCUGUGGCCGCGCCCGUGGCCGUCACGGCCUUCUACACCGGCAUGAGUAUUCUCCAAGGAAAGGAUGACAUAUUUUUGGACCUGAAACAGAAAUUCUGGAAUACAUAUAAGAGUGGUCUGAUGUACUGGCCUUUUGUACAGCUUACCAACUUCAGCCUUGUUCCUAUUCAGUGGAGAACAGCUUACACUGGACUCUAUGGUUUUCUGUGGGCCACCUUCCUUUGCUAUUCACAACAGAGUGGCGAUGGCACAUUGACGUCAGUUUUCACAUUCCUUCAUCGAAAGAAGGCCAACGAAUUUGAAAAGCCCCCAGAGAAAUGAGGAGUCAAGGAUUCCCUGAAAGUGACAAUAUUUUUCUUUAAAUGCAGUGAGUUGCCUACUGAUAAAGUACUCUACUUACCUGUGGUAUGUGCUCCAUUUGGAAGAAUUACUAUUCCUGGACCCACUUGUUUCCUAAGUACCACUUUAAAUUUUAUCCAAACCUUUUUUUCCUCAUUCUAGCCUGAAAGUAUUACUUCUCUAAUAUUUUCACUUCUUCAGUACUUUGGUAAACAUCAAUAUCAGUGGCAAAAUGGCAUUUAAUAAUAGUUACUAUUUCCAUUCUAAUAUUUUAAUGCCAUUUAAUUAUAUUUAAUUAUUAAUGCCAUUUAAGGAGCCUGUUUUGAUUGUAUACAUCUCUUUUCUAACAUCUCAGGUUAUUCCUAAACACUUUUGGAUCUGAUUACCUUUUAUACCAAAAGUAGUUCUUAAUAGUAAAUUUCUAUUUACAUGAAACUCAAAGUUAAGAUUGAAUAACCGUAUUUUCCCCCAUCCCAAUACUAUUUAAUCAUUUUUUUGCUGAUACUAAAGUUCUAUAAGUAUAUUUUAUAUCAUAAAAAUAGUGUAUGAUUGUACACUGUCCUAUAUAGAAUAUAGUUCAUUGGCAUUUUCUAUUUUUGUAAUUUCUAAGUUUUAGUUUUGAGCAUCUUCAGUACCCCAUAUGAAAUUUGACUUCUUAGAGAAAUAUACUGAGUAAGUUUCUGGGGGAAAAAGAAUAAGAAUAAUUUUUCAUCCUUCGUAAGGAAGAACUCUAUUUCAUAGGUUUCUAGGAAAAAGUUACCCCAAAUUUCAUGCUGAUGUUAUAUUUUUAAAAAUCAAUGUUUUAAACUAAAUUUUAUAGGUAAUCUUUAAGGUAGAUAAGAGAAACUUCAUUCAAUCUUUCAGAUUUACUGUUUGUCUCACCUCAAAACAAGUGGGUUUAAAAUUAUAUGAAAAUCUCAAAAAGUUUCAGCAAAUUUCACCUAAGAACUAAACCACAAUUCUGUUGUUUCCAAUGGAGUAUUGCACAAAUUUAAGAUGUGAAGCACUAAAAUGUUAAUAAAUUUAUCUUGAGAAUUUAUAUUUAAGAUUAAUUUAAUGAUAUAUACUUAAAAUUUUGAGCAUAUCAUUUGUAAUAUAAAUUUGUCAUAACUUUUAAGUAUAUGAUUACUUUUAUUUUACAUUAUUGGGACAAAGGUAGGAAAUUUCUAUCACCCACUCCUCAACUUUGAAUAAUGUAGAUGCUUCUAUCCAGUGUACUUGUAAUUAAUAAAAGCUAAUGUCCUUUUGUCAUAUAGUUUAAUUAAAAUAACAUGGAUGGAUCUUGAUAAUAUUAUGCUAAGUGAAAUAAGUCAGUCAGAAAAAGCUAAGAAUCAUAUUAUCUCAUUCAUAUGUGGGAUAUAAAACUGAAACUCAUAGAAACAAACAACAGUAUGGUGGUUAUCAGAGGGAAGGGGGUGGGGAGCGGUAAAGGGUAAAGGUGAGCAAACAUAUGGUGAUGGAAGAUGAUUUAACUUUGGGUGGUGGGCACACAAUGCAAUAUGCUAGUACAGAUCAUGUAUCAUAGAAAUGUACACUUGAGACCUAUAUGAUCUUAUUAACCAGUGUCACCCCAAUAAAUUAAAUAAAAAAUAAA